UAAAUGACUUAAUCAAUGUAGCCGGGGAAGUUUGUAACGGGGCACCAGGUCAAUGUUUGCUUUGAUCACGUGAUCCAGGUGAGCGAAGUGAAAUUUGACAGCAGGAAAAAAAGGACAUCUGAUAUAAGUAAUAUAUUACCAUGGCUGAAAGUCAAGAACACGUAGCAGACCUCCCCACUAUGAUCGAGACUGUACAAAUCUGCAAAGAUACUCGCACACAGCAGUCUCGUCGCCUGUGCAAAUUUUUUUCCCAAGGACAAUACUGCCAGUUUGGAAAGAGAUGCAGGUUUCUUCACCAAUACAUAGACAAUCCUUCAAGCUACAGAAGUCAUAACCCAACAAUUUCAGUUGUAAAUCAUAAGCAGGGCAACAUCACAGAUAUAUCCGCAUCUUCCAGUACAAGAGAGGUAGAUUCAGGGCUAGAGAAAAAGCAAUCGCAACCUCAACAGCAGAAAUACCAAUACCGUCCCAGAAAAUUGUGCCGUUACUUUUUAGCCGGUUACUGUGCAUUGGAGAGAAAUUGCAGGUUUUGGCAUGGUUCAACGGAUCCACCUCUGAAUGAUGACAAUCUUCCAAAUAAGAAGCAGCCUGAAAAAAAAAUGGAAGGUAGAAGUCAGGAGAUACGUCCUUGUUUUGUCCCAGAAGAGAUCAAAAUUUCUGAUAUAACACCAGAAAUCACAAGACAGCUGAGAGAGAAAGAAAUUACCAAACUGAUGAAAAGGAUUCCAAAGGAUAAGCUUAUUGUUCAGGAGAGAGAAGAUAAAGAGGUUACAUAUUACAGAUUUACUGUAGAGCCCACAGAUCCAGACUGGCCUUUCGACCUGAAAGAAAUUGAGAUUCUGGUGGAGUUUCCUGUGGAUUAUCCCUUACAGGUUUUCAAUAUCCAGGUUCCCGAGGACCAAGAUUUGCCCUCCGUUAUGGGCAGGCAUGCGUGUGAGGCAUCAGUAGAAUGGCUUAAAGCCAAGCAUGCAACCAAUCAGCUGAUGGGGAAGGUGGAGCUCCUAUUCUCGCCUUUUCUACGCUGGCUUGAUCGCAACAUGGAGAGACUCUUUACAGAAGGAGCUCGACUGUUAAAAAGAGAUAUCGAUGCAGAGAAGGCAGGUAUCGAAUUUGUACCCUAUCAGCAACUUCAAGCAGCUGUGAGUGUGACAUCCAGUGAGGCAGCAGACCACCCUAAAGAGCACGUCGCCAACCUCCAGCAAACAUCGUCUGAGAACUCAGAGGAUGAUUCCGACAGCUGGAUCAGCUGUGACGAAGACGAAGAUUUGGAUCCUGGCACAGAGGCUGCAGAUGUGCAGACAGUGGAUGCAGUAGGCCCCAGGAGGGGAUCAGAAAUUAGAUUAUUAGCUUUACGACUAGGAGAAGGAGUAGGGACGGCAUUGGCCCAUCGCAUUCUUGUGUCCCUGCAGUGCAACAGGUGCAAAGUGACUGCAGAUUUGUCCUUGGUUGAAAAUCAGCCAUGUUCAGCCCAGUGUGAGAAAUGUAAUAGUAAUAUAUCUGGGACUUUCCACCCCACAAUAAUGCAUCAAUUUUCGGCAAUACUGGGUUAUGUUGAUAUAAAAGGAGCCGUACCCAAAGAUCUCAUCUUGCAGGACUCUUUCUUCAUGAUUGGUUGCUUGAACUGCUCCCAGGAAGCACCAGUGCAGGACCUUUCAUACGGGAUCAUUAAGGAACUGAACUGUUUGAGUUGCCAUAGCAAACUCAAUGUUUUCACUGAAGCAGCCAAAUUCCAGAAAGUUGAACGAUUUGCAGGGAAAGUCAGCGGUCUGCAGAACCAGAACAGGAAGAAAACUUUGAGAGAUCCAUCUAUACAGUUGGGAAAACCUCUCCCAGACCAAGGAACCUGCAGACAUUACAGAAAGAGCCACCGCUGGUUAAGGUUCCCGUGUUGUGGGAAAACCUAUCCAUGUGAUGUUUGUCACAACACAGCUGAGAAUCAUGAAAUGGAGUUGGCAACAAGAAUGAUCUGUGGCUUUUGUUCUAAGGAGCAGCCCUAUGGCAAUGGCAAGCCUUGCAUAUACUGUGCAAACAUGAUGGGCAGAGGAAGCCAUGCCAUUCACUGGGAGGGUGGCAAAGGAUGUAGAAACAAAGUGAAGAUGAGCAGGAAAGAUAAGCAGAAAUAUGCAAACAGCUCAAAAACGUUGUCAAGGAAGAGUAUCAGCAAGAAGUGAUCCACAACAAAAUCCUAACACACUUGACUUGAGUAAGACCUAUAGGAAGUGACAUAAAACACUGUAAGAUAAACAGAAACAAGCAAAAGAAGGCAAAGCGCAUUUGGGAACAAAGACUACCAAUGGAUUUUAACAAGUAUCAAUGGAUGUUUUAUUUCCACCUAACAGGGCUGAAGACUGAUCAUCUGCAUUAAAUCAACAGCAAUAAAAUCUUCAGUUCCAGUACCACUUAAAGGAACAGUAAAGUCAAAAUGAAGCAAACUGAGAAGUUGUUUAAAAUUGCAUGUUCAUUUAAUUUUGACUUUACUGUCCCUUUAAUGGAAUUCCCUUUACUCUCUGCUUUUGUAUUAGGUCUAACGAGUUCUAUAUUGAUAUGUUUCUCUAGAUUUUUAUUGAAGGCCGCUAAAUAUACAAUGUAUUUUAUUAUUCUCUUUCUCGCAGAUUCCCUGCUUUUUGUAUCUGUGAUGGAUGUUGAUCUCUUUAAAUUUCUUACAUAGCUGCUAUAAUUCAAAGCUGCUUAUUUUAGCUCAGCUUGUACAACAAAGCAUGUCUAAGUACAGGGAUGUUUUAUGUGGUAAACACCAUUGUGCACUAUAUUUUCUGCAUUAUUCUUGCAGGAACCUAAUCUACUAUAUUACACUAGAUGGCGCUGCAGUUCUUUGGGUACAAGGUGUUUCUAUAAAAAAAAAAUGUUUUCAUCUUACCACUGAUACCUAUAAAUGACUAAACAAAAGGGACAUUGUUAUGGAAAUCUGAUUCCACUUAACGCUUGUCUCUAUCCGUUUUCAUCCAUGAAACCUCAAAACAUUACCACAAGAAAGUGAAAAUGUCUGCCACUGCAGCAGCAGCAGCGUAAAGCUGCAACAUGUUUCUAAUGCAUCCUUAUUGUGAAAGCAUUGUUGCAAGCUCGGCAAUGUUGCAUCGGCUUAAUUAUUGCAGGAAUUAUUUGUACAAAUUUUAUCUGCUCCUUUGUAGUGUAUAUUUGAUUCUUAUUACAAUGCGAGUUAAAAAAACCCAAAAACAAGAUAUGCAUAACAUCAUUUUAAGGGCCACUUGUCUGUUUUCCUUCAGGCAUCUUGUAUUUUGAUGAUAUUCUUGCUCGAUAUUCAGUUUGCUAAAAACAAAAUACAUCAGAAUAUAUUUUCUUCUUUCUUUUUUUCCUUUAAUAAGAAAUGUACAACAUAUUUGUUUGUGUUUUUAGCAAGCUGAGUACUGUGUUGCUAAAACACAUCUCCCACAGUUAAUUUCUGAGAUCUCUGCUUAGACAAAGAACUGCCUUUAUAGCUUUUUAUUGAUUUCUAAUUUCUUAAUUUUUAUAUCAUAUCUCAAUUAAAUUAUCUUAUAGUUGUAAACUUUAUGAUACAAAUAAAGAAAACAACUAGAUUCAUAGUUUACAUCACAAUCAGACAAAUUAAAACCAGACAUUAAAAUAGAUUUAUAAAUGUAUCACAAUCAGAACCAAUAAUGCAAUUUGAUUUAAAGAAAUCACAUGACUUGUAAAGGGAUAUAGUUUAGUAAAGUUAAGGUAAUCUGUUGUAGAUUAAAAUGUCAGUGUAUUAUGGACUUGAAAUGUUUAUUACUGAGGCAGAAAUAAUACCGGUUUUACUAGUUCUCCGAAUAAUAUCACCAACUAAAACACACUUGCCAUUUGAAGCAUAAUCAACCGCGAUAGCACAAGUUUGUUGAUUUAUUGCAGGCAGCAAAUUUAGAUACUAUUUGUUGGUAACAAAGUUGAAUAUUCACACUAAACAAAUCCAGAUGAUUGAUAUCCCUAAUAAAUCUUAUUUACUUUA